CUUCCUUCCUUCCUUCCUUCCUCUGCUGUCAUUUCUCCCUGCAAAUUCGAGUGCACUGUCAAUUCCUCUUUCUCCCCGUUUAUACCCGGAUAUUAGGGUCACAAUAGGAUCUUUCAAAAUGCCCAUCAAGAAAGAGACCAAGGAAAAACAGGUCAAGGGUGAUGAAGGUGCGCCUUCCUCAGACCUUGUCAUGGGUGUUGCUUCCUUUACUAAUCUUGCGCAAUCUACUAUAGCCGAAGAAAUGGUCCUUAGCUACAUGAAAGAGAUGAACCGACCAUACGCAUCAGCCGAUGUUAUUGCCAAUUUGAAAAAUAAGGUACCCAAGACUACCGCUGUCAAGGUACUAGCUACCCUCGCAGAGAAGGGCCUGUUAACAGUUAAAGCUUAUGGAAAACAGCUUCUAUAUCUCUACAAUCAGUCCUUGUUGAGCGUUCUGGACAAAGAAGAACUAUCGUCAUUAGACGGGCAAAUCAAGAGCGUGCAAUCAGAGCUUGAAGAGAGAAAGAAAUCAUUACGACAUCUUCAAUAUGAGCUCGCUUCCAAAACGGCAUUACCAAAGACCGUCGAGCUGGAAAAGGAGAUUGGACGGCUCAAAUCCGAGAAUGCAAUCACCCUCAGCGCAUUGAUUCCAUUCCAUGGCGCUUCAGAGGGCCAGUCGACCUUCACGCCCAUAUCCACUGAAGAGACCCAGAGGAUCGACAAAGAUUUUAUGAGGUGGCGAAAAGAAUGGGUUGACCGUCGCAAGGUUUACAAAGACUUUAUUAGCCAGUUAGUAGAAUUUGGCCAGGUAUCCAAUAUUCCCGAAUUUGAAGAAGAACUGGGUGUCAACACCGAUGACUAUAUAGCUACGGAAGUCGAGCAAGGCGAGUUUUGUAAACCAUCUAUGGUCGUUCGGGCAAGGCCCAAAACCUCUUGUGGUAAAGCUCCCAAUUUGAGGCUGAAGCGGAUGCCGAGCUUAGCUGGUGCUGUCGAUGAGGAUGGCAAAAAGAAAAAGGCGAAGAAAGUUUAGUCGUCAUGGGAGUUUCGUUAAGAAGUCAUUCAGCAGAGCUGUAGUAUUAUUAGAGCGGCCAAUCAAGUCGUCUAACUUUGAUGUUGUAAUAGUACGAGUAGAGUUUCAUCAUGUGCGUUUGGGUGUUUAUAGAGUUUCUCUGAUGAGCUGUGCAAUAAUGAUGUCAUGCU